AUGUGGCCUGUAGACAGUGACAACGUGGGGAAUUCCAGUGUCCCUGCGAGGAAUCUUUCAAAGCCGAAUCUCGGCGGGGUUAUUUUCGGCUGCAAGCACCACACUAUAUCUGAAUGCCUCACCAAUCAGUUAUUUGGUCUGUUUGCUUCCUAAAUGUUUACAAUUAUGCUUACUUAUUAUUAAGUUGUGAUGAUUUACGUACAAAGUCCAUAUCGUCUGACAUCAUAAUUAUUUCAUCCACUUCUUCUAUUGUAUGCUUCAUCUCUUUGUGCUUACGCGCAAAGAAAUGUUAAACAAAUAUAACUGCCCUACGGAUUCUUACUCGACCUCUGUUUGAUUGGAUAGCGUUUUCGAUAUUUUUGAUGUGAGCCUUGCAUCUUUUCUAUGUGACAUGCUUUUUGAUGCACAGCGCUUUAAUACUUUUAUUUAAAAAGCCACUUGAGGUAGGAUGGAACCUUUGUUCCGAUAUUGUUUUUGUGAUCUUGAAAUAGCACUUUUAAGUGUUUUGUUAUAUUUUAAGAAAUGGUUUAUGUUUUUCCUUGAAUGUUUUGCCACGUCCCAGAACUAUGACUUUGUUUUUCUAAUUUAUUUCGCGUUACCACUUUUCUAGUUAUCUAGUUUAUUCGAAAUUGUACAUACAAUUUUUUAUUAAAUUUUUGUUUCACUUCUAUUUAUGUUUUUCUAAACUAUCUUCGUAAGGCAUUUACGACCCCCUAUGAAUUGAAAAUGUUGUGACACCUUAUAGCUAUCAGCAUAUUUUGGUUUAUCGGCUAAUGCUGAUUCAGGGCUGUCUCUCUCACUGGCUGGGGUUUUUAGGCUUGCCGGGGGCACACAUUUCCUAUGUUAGGAAGAUCGAGCCAGGUCUCCCAUUGUUCUUGUUCAAUUACAGUGAUAGGAAACUGCAUGGAAUCUUCGAAGCUGCUAGCCAUGGUCGGAUGAACAUUGAUCCGUACGGGUGGACUGAGGAUGGAAAAGAAAGGAGUCCAUAUCCCGCUCAGGUACCAGGGUUUUUCAUGCUCCCACUCCAUCCGUAACUGCUGUAUCAUUCUCUAAAUGAUUUGUUUCUUCUUUCAAUUUUGGCUUCAAAAUUUUGAUUAGGUUCGGUUUUUUAUCAAGACGAACUGUCAGCCUAUUGGAGAAGAUAUGUUCCGGCCAAUAAUUUCUGAUAAUUACUACAAUACCCGCCAUUUUUACUUUGAGUUAGAUCACGCACAAGUCAGGGGCUUGCUAUCUCUGUUCACACGUAACCAACUCAAAGAUAAUGCUAGAUCACCAUUUGUUACCUCGAAGGGUAAAAAUGUUUUUGCAGCUAUGCCAACAACAAGAAAAGGAAAUGAAGGAUUUAAUGAAACCAGGAUUCCUGGAGAACGUGAGGACACAGCUACAGAGUUUGGAGGAGGACGAAAGUCGGCUGUUGUUUUUCGUACAGAAAAUAGUUAUGCCUCUUUAAUUUUGGUUGAAAGCGGUGGUAAUGGCCUUUCCAGUCUGAAUAAUACAUCCAAUAGUUCUUCUGAAGACAGAGCGCAAAAGCAAUUCAUAUCAGAUCAGGAGGAAGUGGUUUAUGAUAUGAUGAAAGCACAUAUUCCUUCAACCAGUGGUCACGGUUUGAGCAAAGAGGGAGAAGACUCAACUGUGGAUCUUCCUGUGAAUGAGUAUGGACUGAACCCUGAGGAAAGGGUGUUGCUGAAGCUCAAGAUGCUGGCACUUGAGCGAAACUCAUCGAAUCAAUUAUCAAAAAGCGCUGCUGACGAGGGUGCUCCCACGUUUGUGUCCAAAGUACUGGCCGAGGACGAUAAACAGAUUCCAGAAGGUCCCUCUUCGUCAUCACAAGAUACCACGGAAGUGACUGAAUCGGUUCCAGAUAGUGGUGUGGUAAUCAAUAUUGCACAUUACUUGAACAUUUCUUUUCAUUUAUCAUUGAUGUCCUUUUUUCGUUGGUAUGAUAAUAUUUUUGUUAUCAAGAUGACCGUUUCUGAAUUUUUUCAGUUGGUCCAAAUGAUUAAGGAGCUCAAAGAGAGAAUGACAUUUUUAGAGAAGAAACAGGUAUUGAUAAUGUCUUCCAUGUCGUCAUCUGCAAUGAUUUUUUUCCCAAUCUAUUGGGUCUGGUGCUUUAUGGAGUUUUAUUUGCUUUGUGGCUGCGUCUAUUCUGACGUCCUGUUUCAUUUUUUCUUUAAUUAUAAAAUAUUAGAUAUUUUAGAUAUCGAUUUUCAUAGUUCUUGAAAAAUGUUUCUGGAGAAUAAACGCUUAGAUUUUCAUCGGCCCACUUUUUUAUGUUAAUUGAGUAUGCCAAUGACCUUCGAAGGACGUUGUUUGUGUUUCUGACUGUCCUACGCCCGAUCUCUUGACCUUUAGAGGAUUUUUUUUUUUUUUUGGGUCCAUUGAGCAUGCCAAUGACCUACACGGCAAAGCCUAAGUUUGUCACAGAAUCAACCGAACCGUAUGAAGUCGGCCGAUCUCAGUCUUUAGGUUUUGUUAUUCUUCAAUCAGACUACCAGGAUAUCGUAUGAAAAUAGGUACCAAUUAUAUCAUAUGAGAAUAAGUGUGCCAUGGUGCACCAUCAAAUGGCCCAGAUGAGGAAUUCGUGCUUAGAAACUCCUCAGUCAUGCAAUGGACUGAAAUCUCCAAUAACUUACGUACGAAAAAAAAAUCAACUACAUUUUCUGACCGUGUUAUUUACGCCCCUAAGACUCUGUAAGGAAGAUCUGCGCUGGAGUUUCAGGUUGAGUCGGAGAAGGAAGUCCAAGGGCUGAGGAAGGUCGCAAGAGAAUGCUGCCGGGCAGCUCAGGGGCUGGCAAAGCACGCGAAGGAACUGGAAAGCAAAUUAGGCUCAUCCAUGUCGCCUGCUGGGGAGUCCUCGAAAAAAUCAUCCGUGGAUUUUCGUUUGACUUCUGAAGAGCUAGUUUACAUAAUAGGCGGUUUCGACGGAGAUUCGUGGCUGUCAGCCCUGGACUCGUAUUCUCUCUCCUUAGAUUUGAUGACUUCCCUUCGCCCUAUGAGCUCCGCCCGUUCCUAUGCCUCUGCAGCAGCACUGGACGGCCGCCUCUACGUUUUUGGUGGAGGAGAUGGAAGCUUGUGGUACAACACAGGUAAUUUCACUUCUUAUUUUACUCUUAUCUUAUUCCCAUGUUAUGUCUCUCUCUCUCUCUCUCUCUCUCUCUCUCUCACCCGUGCUCUUCCUGUGUGGAGCCGAAUGCUACGACCCGAGAAGGGACGAAUGGGGGAAUUUCCCUCCGUUGGUUCGGGGAAAAGGAAGCCUGGCGGGGGUGACCUUGAACGGAAAGGUCUUUGCAAUCGGAGGUGGUAAUGGGGUCGAGAGUUUCUCGGACGUAGAGAUGAUCGACCCAAUCCUCGGAAGGUGGAUCAAACACCAGUCGAUGAUCCAGAAGGUACGCUCUAGGAUGGCAUCGUCCUCUUCUUUUCCAGAUUUGCAGAGUUAAUCAUAUGGAGGAGUAGCCCCUCUCACACCUAUACACACGCACACAUGCUUCCUUCCUCUGUGCACUAAUUGUUCUCCAAUGCCCAUGAAGCAGGACGCCAUUUCUCAUCUGCAAUUUUCAAUGCGAGAGUGCCUGACAUCACUUCCCUUCCCUCUAUAUAUAGCCUAUGGAUACAAUGCUCAUAUCCACGUACAUAAAUUUAUAUAUGUAUAUAUAGAUAUAUAUAUAUAUAUAUUCGCUGACUGGUGGAAGUGGAUAGAAGAAGGAGAAGAAGUGACGUUGAGCUGUGUCUUGUCCUGCAGCGAUUUGCCCUCGCGGCGGCGGAGCUGGGCGGGGCCAUCUAUUCCGUCGGAGGGUUCGACGGAGAAGCUUAUCUCAGGUAAGAUCCCAACCACAGCUGGACGAAAUUAUCUCCAUUAUUUCUUCUUCGCAACCUCGUCCAUUGAAUAAUUAUUCACAUUCCCCGCCACCCCACAUUUUCAUCUCGUCUUUUUUCCUUUAUCUUUUUUUUGUUUGGUCGCCUCUGAACCGGUUUUGGGGUGAUGGCAGGUCGGGGGAGAGGUUCGACCCCAGGGAAGGCUUCUGGGCGAGGAUACCGGGCAUGAAGACGGCGAGGGGCUGCCAUUCCAUGGCCGUCCUCGACGGCAAACUGUAAGAAGCACUCCGUUCUUGUCUCCCCCCCCUCCACCCUCCCUCCCUCUAUUCGUACCUACCGGGGGAUGGAUCGAUCAGUCAUUCUAGAUAGAGAGAAAGAGAAAGAGAAAGAGAGCGAGAGAGAGAAUAUGUGUGGGUGUUUGUGUGUUUGUGUUUUUCAGGCACGUGGUCGGAGGGUACGACGGGAGCGGGCUGUCUUCCGGCGUCGAGGUAUUCGACCCACGCGCUUCCUCCUGGUACGCCGGCGCCGUCUUGAACAUGGCCAGGGGAUACGCUGCCGCCGCCGUCGUCGGAGGCUCUCUGUACGCCAUCGGCGGCGUCACCGUUGACAACGUCGUCGUUGAUGUCGUAAGCUCUCUCUCUCUCUCUCUCUCUCUUUAUCUCUCUCCACGCUCUCUCUGUGACUGAUCUCUGGUCGAUGAAUGUGACGGCAGGUGGAGCGUUACAGCGAAAGGACGGGGUGGGCGGUGACUGACCGGACGGCUGUGGGGCAAAGGUCCUUUUUUUCGGCCAUUGUUAUGUGA